AUGUCUGAACGGCCGCGCAAACGCGCCAGGUUAGCAUGCGUGACAUGCAACGCACGGAGAGUGAAGUGCGAUGUAACCGAUCGACAGCCUUGCAGCAACUGUAUGACCGCUGAUUUGCAAUGCGAAACCCGAGAAUCGAAGCGCGGAAAGCAUGUUAGAAAGCCGCGCGUCGAAGCUGAGGCACGAAGCAAAACUCCACCUAGCUUGCCGGUGUUCAGCCCGCAACGGCAUGAGGAUGAGGUUGCGGCAUCACACGUCCUGGCUUCUUUGUCGUCGAACUUCAACAGUCCUGUCAACACUCAGGCGCCGGUCACUGGUAAUCAGAAUCAGUUCCCUACGCCAUCGACAGCACCAGAAACAAGUAACAGCCAAGCAACAACGGAGAAUUUUCAGCCAGAAGAUGCCGUCUUUCUCGGCGAAUCCAGUUCAUUACGUUACGUGGCAGGAGCGCCCACCCCUGCUGCAGUAGAACUUCGCGAGUCUUGCUUCCGCCAUGCUCUUCCCAGAGCGGUUAGAGAAGAAGCAAAUGUUCCGGAAUGGGAGGCUGAAAGGCGUAUCGCGAGGAAGAAGGCUCUGCAGGCAGAAGGCGCGUUUUCAUUCCCCCCUGCCGACAUCCGAAAAGAAUUACUAGAGGCCUACUUCAAAUGGUUUCACCCGCACUUUGCCAUCAUUGACGAAGACGAUUACUGGAUCACUUACAACAGACUAGAAAUGUCUGCCCUGUUAUUGCAGGCGAUGUUGUUCAUUGGCGUGAUUCACUGUGACGAAUCAACUCUGAAGAAACUAGGAUGGGGCAAUCGUCACCGAGCAAAAUGGUUCUUUUACAUUCGCGCAAAAGACAUUUACGACGCGACUUACGAGACUGACAAACUUGCUGUGAUCCAAGCCUUGCUUCUGAUGAGCUUUUGGAGGGCAGGCGCUUUGUUGGAAAAAGAUGCCCGUCAUUGGCUUGGAACAGCCAUCAGUCUAUCAGAAACACGGGCACUACAUCGCUGUGGGGGGAAUUCAGAGGAAAAACUUACCAGGGUUAAAAGAAGACUGUGGUGGGCCAUUUACAUCCGUGAGAGACAAUGCGCGGCCGCUCUGGGCCUGCCAUGCCGGAUACGCGACAAAGAUUGCGACGUAGAGCCAUUGUCAUAUUCCGACUUUGCAUAUGCCUUUCGAUCCUCUUCUCCAGCAGAUGUCCGCCACAGCUCGACUGCUUAUGCAAUAAGUAUGGUGCAGUUGGCAGUUUUUCUCGGCCGCGUAGUCGAUGCUGGCUAUCUACCCGGACGCACACUGACGUCCGAAGACACGACCAGGCUCCGCGAUGAACUAUACCAGUGGAAGAAUGACCUCCCCAGCAUCAUGCGACUUGACACCGAUGCUAACGGCGUGCCCAACUUCCAAGCUAGCAUGCUCCACCUCGCAUACAACAAUCUCCUCAUUCUCCUUCACCGAACCAGUUUCAUCAUGGAUGAGAGCCGCAGUGUACCAGCCGAAGGUAACGUCGCGCUCCAGGCCGCUGCACGCAACUCACGCAUAGUUGAAGACAUGCUACCAGAUAGUAGCAUCUGUCACGCUCAGAUGCACGUCAUCACAAACCUAUUCAACACGCUAUGCAUCCACGUCGUCCACUUCCGCCGCUCGACCGGCAUUAACCGCACACUAGCCGAGCACCGUGCAAAGCUUUGCCUGCUGGGUCUCCGGGAGCUCCAAAAGACAUGGGAAGUAACGAAUUGGGUUCUAGAGCUUUUCUUCCACUACAUCGAUCGAGAUACCGCGUCCAGGUUGAUCAUGGAAUCAGACGAAGCAGGGAAUCAUCCUGGCACUGCUCAACUAUCUGAUACUUUAAACCAAUACCCGGGGCAACAGCAAGGGAAUGCUCGUAAUGUACAACCACCGGGGAUCGUCACGCCUUCUACUCCUAGUCCAAGCCCUUGGCCUUGGACGCUGGAUGAGGCGGGUCAGUACCUCUUCAUGCAGAUUGAGAAUGAUUUUGCAUUUGGCGAGGGUGGCUUGCAGCAUUUGAGCCCGGAAGACUUGGUCCUUACGGGGGCACCGGCUGAUUUCGUUUUCAAUCGGGGGCAGGAGUGA